UGGCCGUGUUCGAGAGGAUCAACAUCGCAAUGUAUCAUGGGUAAAUAUCGACUGAAUGAUCUACAAUUAGUAGUGAGUCGUUAUUUAUGAUGAAACGUGAUUUGUAGAUAAGUCAGUCGGCAGUCGCCUGCAGUCGUUUUGAUGCUCUCGAACACGGCCAAUACUUGCCAAUAAGAUCUGUGUUGUUGGGUUUCCACUAGAUAGCACAGCCACAAAGUUAUAUCGUAAAAAUGUAUGAAAACAAAAAUGAGCAUUUUGGUCCUCAUUCAAGGUCAGGGUUAGGCAUAAGGUUAGCAUCAUGGUUAAAGUUACGGUUAAGGUCAAGUUUAAAAUCACAUUUUAAUCAGAUAAAUUGUAGAAAUAGGCGGGGUUUAUGACUUUGUGGCUGUGGUAACUAGUGACGACCGUACCCGAGUGGAUGCAGGGUGAUUCUCCUAUUGUACAGAAUAGGAUAGGGGGAACCAUGGCAUACUUGCGAGGCGCCCCAUCUAAUAACCAACGCACAGAGAAUAUGAAUUGUGCGCGAUUUUUGUGCUGAGCCAAGAUCCUCUAUUUUUAAAACACAAAACCAGGACCUCGGAUUAUUUCCACGCGCACCAUUUUGAUCGAAGCGGUCCAUGAUGGAGCACAUCCGAACGCCAAAGGUGGAGAAUGUCCGCCUGAUUGACCGUACGGCCCCUAGGAAAGCCACGGUGGGGACGCUGUACCUCUCCGCCACACACACCAUCUUCGUGGAGAACAACCCAGAGACACGCAGAGAGACUUGGGUGCUCCACAGCAUGGUGGCCAGUGUGGAGCGGCCGCCAACCACCCCUUCAGGAAGCCACCUGGUCGUCCACACUAAGAACUUCCAGGUGGUUCAGCUGCUCAUCCCCCAGGAGAGGGACGCCAUGGAUGUCCAGGCCUCGCUCGCACGCCUGUCUCACCCAGAGAAAUAUAGCGAGCUCUACUGCUUGUCCAUCAACCCCAACGCCAACAAGGAGGAGAGGGAGGAGUCCUGGAGUUUCCUAGACCUGCAGGCGGACUACAGACGCAUGGGCGUGCCCAACAACCUCUGGGUCAGCACGCCAGCCAACAGCGAGUACAGGGUGUGUGACACGUACCCAUCAGAGCUGUUUGUGCCAAAGUCGGCCACACCUCCAGUCAUCGUGGGGAGCUCUAAGUUCCGGAGCCGAGGGCGUUUACCUGUCCUUACGUACUUCCACCAGGAUACCCUAGCUGCUAUCUGCCGCUGUAGUCAGCCCCUGUCCGGCUUCAGCGCCCGCUCCCAGGAGGAUGAACAAAUGCUGGAGGCCAUCAUGAAGUCCAACCCGGGCAGCGACUACAUCUACGUGGUGGACACCAGGCCAAAGUUGAAUGCGAUGGCCAACCGGGCGGCUGGAAAAGGCUAUGAGAACGAGGACCACUACACCAACAUCAAACUGCAGUUCAUCGGCAUCGAGAACAUCCACGUGAUGAGGAACAGCCAGCAGAAGAUCAUUGACGUGGGCGAGCUCAAGACUCCCUCCAUGGGUGACUUCCUGUGGGGGCUGGAGAGCUCCGGUUGGCUGAAGCACAUCAAAGCCGUGCUGGACGCAGGCGUCUUCAUCGCCAAGGCGGUUGCGGAGGAGGGUAUCAGUGUGGUGGUCCACUGUUCGGACGGUUGGGACAGGACGGCCCAGGCCUGCUCUGUAGCCAGCGUUCUCCUGGAGCCUUACUACAGGACUAUGAAGGGACUCAUGCUGCUAAUCGAGAGGGACUGGGUGUCGUUCGGUCACAAGUUUUCACACAGGUACAGCCAUCUGGAAGGUGAUCCUAAGGAGGUGUCCCCGGUGAUAGACCAGUUCCUGGAGUGUGUGUGGCAGCUGUCAGAACAGUUCCCCUGUGCCUUUGAGUUCAACGAGCGCUUCCUGGUCCAGCUGCACAGACACGUCUACUCCUGCCAGUACGGCAACUUCCUGGGCAACAGCCAGAAGGAGAGGAGGGACAUGGGGUUGCGUGAGAGGACUCACUCCCUGUGGCCCCAGCUGUGGAAGGACAGGGCACAGUACGCCAACCCCUUGUACAGGGCUGACCACACCCAGACUCAGGGGAUGCUACGGCCAAACACCACCCCCUACUGCUUCAAGAUGUGGAAGGGCAUGUAUAACCGUGUGGAGAAGAGCGCGCCCCCGCGCCAGAUGCCCACCGACUUACUGACAGCCGUCAGGGAGGAGACUCAGCAGCUGGAGGAGGAGCUGACCAAUCACCAGGAGGUAGCACCGGGAGGGACGGCCCACCCGGGCACCAAACAAGAGGAUUGCAGCCCUGAUGAAGGGGAUCAAACUAAGGGUAAUGCGGGUCAGAGGAAGACCAACAAAGUGUGUGAGGAAGAAUGCAGGCCAGGUGGGCUGGCUCCUCCCACUGGAGAUGGCCCCUUCACUAGCCACCCUCAGGACUAUUUUCCCUCCCAGGGGGGGCCCCCGGGCCCGGCUAUGAUCCUGCCCUUGGGGCCCCCCAAGGGCCCUGGCCCUGACCCCGACGACCUCUCCUCGGCUUGCAGUGACAUGGAAUCGGGCGUGGCCGACCUCAGCAGCCGCUCCUCCAGCGGCGGCGACGACGAGGCCAUUUAGUGCGCAGCCUGAGCGAAAAUGGUGAUCAAUGAAGGGUUGAAGAGGGGCUUGUCGGAGGGCACUUUGCAUUGACAAUUGAAUAUCACAGAGGUCUCUUUUGACAGGGCCAAUUGGACUGGAUUUUACUUGUGAUUCUUUUGUUUUGUUUCUGUGUAGUUAGUAUCGGAGCACAACGUGAGCACCUGCCGGGUAUUGUGGUAACACUGGGUAGCCAUAAUAGAUGUUUUAACCCCAUACUAGUGUAAAAUGUGAACAAAUAUAUUCCAGGACCAAAUGUUUACAGCAAAGGCAAAAUACUGUGUGUAGAAUAUUUUGUCUUAAGCUAUUAUGUUGAGUUACAAUGUACUGUACAACAUUUUAAAACAGGAAAAAACGAAUGUACAUUUGUUUGUACAAAUCGAUAACAAAAGUAUCAGAAGCAUCUGAAAUCCAUUUGUCCAUUCUGUAGUCUGAACAAGCAUAUAGGCUACAAUGUUUCCCAGUUGUAUAACAUGGUCGUGUUCAGGAGGUUCAAAAACACUGAACAAAAACGGUCAGAAAACUAUUGAACUUGUCCAAUAAGAAAUGCUGUUGCAAAACAUUUCGCUACAUUCUGCACUUAUGAACACGACCCAGAUAACACUGUCAAACACGGCACGUGUUCUUGGAACAUUUAUCACCGCCCAAUCUAGUUUUAUGUUUACUGUCUCGUUCCGAUAACCUGCCUUCUCACACAAAUGAAGAAACACUGCACUUCUCAACUAGCCUGGAUAAACAUAAAUGUCCACAUUGCCAUGACUAGGCUUUUAUUUAUUCUUGAAAUGAAGUGAAAGUUGCUGCUUAUUAGUAAUGAAUCGAGAGACAUACUCUUUCCUUUGGAAAGCCCAUUGAACGGCGGUAAACUUUUCAGAUGGUAAUUCCCACUGAUGUGUAUAUUUAACUGUGUAUACGAGUGCAUUCACUAGCGCUGUAGUAUGAACACUUAGGAUACAUUAGAAACUUUGUUCCAAUAUCAACACCAGCUCACCACUUAGAAUGCAUGGCCAACAGAUUGGUUCAAUCUGAAUGGUAUGUGGGUGUGGAUAUUGGAAGUCAAAUCUCUUUGUGAUCGGUAGCAUUAGUUAGCCUGUGUGCCAUUCUGUUUCUGUCCUCUUGUCAACUGCCUACAGACGGGUUAGCUGACAACAGCACGAAAAGAUGUGUGUGCGCUUCAAAGGGGCAGAAAGCCGUGUGUUAUGGUUCUGGAUGGCCAGAUCACUAGCAACAAUGACAAGAAACCAUACGUGGGAUCCUAGGUGGCUAGUUUCAUCUUGAUACCAUGUCUUGUUUUGAUCUAUGCUAAUAUGGCUAACAUUUGCUAGCUAGCUAACCAACAACUGUAACAAUGUAUUUGAGAGACAAGUACUCAUUGUGGAACUUUAUUUAUGUUUUAAAUAAACAUUGGAGACUAAAUAUAGUUUACAUGUUGUCAACGAUCUAAACCAACCACGUCUGUUUUGCCCCAUAGUUGCACACGCCUCGGUUUUGUUGCUAAACAACCAACCCGUCUAUGGAAUUGUCAUGGCUUGACAAUGAGCAAUGGAGUUGGUAAGAGCACAAACAGAUCUGGGACCAGGCUAAGUAUUAGACUGUUGAGAAACCACUUGUAUGGUCAACCUGGGAAAACAACAUGGCUAAAUCCAAUGGAUAUCCUUUCCACUGUGGUACUUAGUGUUUACUGUAUACAUUGUUGUAAAUGACCUGAAAUAAACUCCAUUCCCUGUCAAAGGGAAAUGACAUUUGA